AUGAUGGAUGUUACUCAGAUUGCUCAUCUUUAUUUUAGGAAAAUUGUGCGUUUACAUGGUGUUCUCCAAUCAAUCACUUCUGACUAUGACACCAAGUUCAUGAGUCAUUUUUGGAGGAGUUUGUGGGAGAAACUAGGGAUGAAGUUGAAUUUUAGUAGCGCCUACCACCCCCAAACGGAUGUAUUAACAUGUGAUCGUUUUCCAACUGGGGAAUAUAAUAAGCUUAAGGAGCGAAAGUUUAGACCGUGUGAAGUGCUCGAGAAGAUCAAUGAUAACGCUUACAGAUUGCGUCUUCCCAGCCAUUUGAAGACUUCCAAUAUCUUCAAUGUGAAAUAUCUAAAUCCAUGUUUUGUGGAGUCUGAUGAAGCUAAUGUGAACUCGAGUGCGAGUUCUUUCCAACCCGGGGCGACUGAUGCAAAAGGAUCCGAGUCAAGUGAUGCUAAUCUAUCAUAUAGCUCGUUGAUGGCAUGGUGA